AUGGCCCCUAACACACUCCCUUUCCACGCUGACCACAUCGGGUCGCUUAUACGGCCAGAGUCCUUGUCCAAGCUGCAAGAACGCGCCGAUGCGGGUGAGAUUACGCCGGCUGAGCUUCGCGAGGGCCAGCGCGCCACAAUCGCCGACAUUGUUCGCAAGCAGCAGGACGAGGGUGUGCGCGCAAUCACCUCGGGUGAGUUCGAUCGCAAGUACUACUUCUCAGGCUUCUUUGAGAAGCUCGACGGCUUCCGCGAGGUCAGUCCCGUGCCGUGGGACCUGGCCCGUCUGUCUGCACCGCCCAUCGCGGCGCUCAAGAAGGCCGGGCAGCAGUACCCGAUGGCUGCCGUGUGUGAGGGCAAGAUUGGGUACCGCACUAGCCCGUACCUCGACAACUGGCGCAUGCUGAGGGACUCGGUCCCGCGGGAGCGCUGGGCCGAGUGCAAGUUCACGAUGCCGCCGCCCUGCUACUUCCACCUCCGGUUGGCCCCGGGAAAGUGCUACAGCGCUGAGGCUUACGCCAGCGACGAGGAGUUCUUCGCAGACCUGGCAGAGGCGUAUAGGAAGGAGCUUCGGACGCUGUACGAUGAGGGUCUCCGAAACGUCCAGAUUGACGACCCGACACUGGCGUAUUUCUGCUCGGACGAAAUGCGCGAGUCGCUGCAAAAGGACGGCGUGGAUCCUGACGCCCUGUUCGAACUGUACCUCAAGGCGCACAACGACUGUAUCGCGGACCGCCCAGAAGGUCUACAUGUUGGGCUUCACAUUUGCCGGGGCAACUUUUCCAAGUCGAUGCACUUUAGCGAGGGCUCAUAUGAGAAGAUUGCGCAGCGCUUCUUCGCGACCCUCGACUAUGACACCUUCUUCCUCGAGUACGACAACCCGCGCUCCGGAGGCUUCGAGCCGCUCCGCUUCCUCCCCGUAGGUAAGAACGUCGUGCUCGGGGUUGUCACGACCAAGGACCCGGCACUCGAAGAUGCCGGGAUGAUCAAGGACCGGGUGCGACAGGCGGCGCAAAUCAUUGCCGAGGGUCAAGGGCGGCCCGUCAGCGACGUGAUGAGAAGCAUCGGGAUCAGCCCCCAAUGUGGGUUCGCGAGCGUGGCGGUUGGAGCGGAGGGCAUGACGGAGGAGAGAAUGUUUGCGAAGCUCCGGCUCGUGAAGCAAGUGGCCAGGGACCUUUGGUUAGACGGUUAA